AUGUCGACAUCCGACAACGUCAACACGAGCCGCUUCAAAUUUCGACUCCAAAGUCCAACUCCUAUAUUGUCUACCAGCUUUCGCAAAUCGCAGCCGAAAGAUUCGGCCCCCUCUGGUUCGAACACGUCAAAGGACAAGGGCAAGGGCAGGGAAAAGGACAGGGACAAGGACAAAGACGGCAGCUUGGUCUGUCAGGCGACUCGCGACACCAUUCACCAGGUUCUCCUUACCUAUUGCCCGGGGGAGGAUGGGCUGGAGGCUAUCGCGGAUAUCUUGGCCCAGAUGUAUGAGCUCAUGCAUGAAAAAGACUUCACGGUCUUCGCCACCAGCACUCUCGAGAACAAGAUGUCGAAGGCCGAACGCAAAAAGACAAAGCCCCUUCAUCUUGUGGCUAUCAUGCUCGCCGAAUUGAAGGACGGCACCGACCCUGUAGCGCCAUCCGUGUUCGUGCCUUCGUCGAUCUCCCAGAAAUCGUCAGGGGGAAGGAAGGUGACCGUUGAGGAAGUAGACGAGGAAGAGGAAGAGGAAGAGGAAGAGGAAGAGGACGAAGGUGACUCCUCUGCUAAGAACGAGACGUCGACUCAAAGUCCACUCAAACCGCCCUCUGGUCGUCAUGGCUUGGGGGCCCGCCCACCGGUCUCCGUCCACAUGAAGAUAGAGGGACUGUCUGCACCGCUCGCGAACAAACCAUUAGAGAAACCUGGCCGCUCGUCGCCUGAGCCUCUCUCGACUUCACCACUCUCGACCGUCAAUGCUGAGGUUCGAAGCAGACAUCGGGGUGUUGACUGGAAAGCGGUAACAUCUGACCACACGACGCCCAUCAGAAAGCAUAGAAUCCGCUUCGUCACAGUUUACUGCCACGAACUUCACAAAGUUAAGACUCUACCCAACCCGGGUGUCUUGGUGCCUGCGGUGUGGACAUCAAUGAACGGCGACAUACUCAUCCUCUACAAUGUGCGGUCAGCACAAGCCAUCAAGGGCGCCGAUCCCCACAGAGUCUGGUACUUCGAGGAUGGCUGGAAGAACAUAACCAAAGCGUGGAAUGAAGGUCUGGACGAAGCCCAUAUCGCCCACCCAGAUCAAGUCGGGAUGUGCGAUUAUUUCCUUACUAAGAAUGCCGGUAAACCGUCAUGGAUUCAGUCAGCAUCGCAGAGGGCUAAGAUUCGCAGAAAUACUUCGAAGGAGUGA